UUGGAGAAGUUGAAUCCUGAGGAUUCGAAGAUGUUCCAAAGGUUUAAGCCUAAGGAUGUGGAGAAUUUUGAGAAGUUGGAGAGGUUAGAUGAGUUGAAGAAAUCACUCAUCAGUGACCAAGAUGUUCUCUGUGUGCAGAUUGCCGGUCUUUGUCAUGACCUAGGACAUGGGCCCUUUUCUCAUUUUUUUGAUGGGAUGUUUAUGGAUGAAAUCAAAAGAGUCAAAAAAGGCAAAGCAGACAAAGAAGUCACAGACAAUGAAAAAUGGACGCAUGAGAAGGCCUCUAUUGAAAUGUUUAAACACCUACUGGUUCAAAAUGGCUUAAAAGAAGUGAUGAAGAAAUAUGGACUGAAAGUAGAUGAAGAUGGAACUGACCUGGUGUUUAUUGAAGAAAUGAUUGAGAAACCUCAGGAUAAAAAACCUCAGAAUGAUGCAGCUCAGGAUAAUGAACAUCAGAACAAUGAUGCUUCCAAGGAGUGGCUAUAUAAAGGUCGAGAAGAGAAAAAAUCCUUUCUCUAUGAAAUUGUGUCAAACAAGAAAACCGGGAUUGAUGUUGACAAGUUUGACUACUUAGCCAGGGAUUGCCACCACCUGGGCAUUCCGAACAGCUUUGACCAUCAGCGCUUCGUCAUGUUUGCCAGGGUGUGUGAUGUGGAGGAGGAUAGGAAAAAAACUAAGCACAUUUGCUCUAGAGACAAGGAAUCUGCAAACCUGUAUGACAUAUUCCAGCAAAGGCUCUCGAUCCACAGAAGAGCCUGCCAGCACAAGAUAAAAAUGGCAGUAGAAAUUAUGCUCAAAGAUGCCCUCAUACUAGUAGAUGACCAUCCAGACUUCAAAAUUAAAAGUUCAAAAGGGGAGAUGCUAAAUAUCUCCCGGGCAAAUGGUGACAUGGAGGCAUACACAAAGCUGACAGAUCAUGUGUUUGAAAGAAUACUCCAUUACCAGGAAGGAAGGAAGGAACCUUCCUCCGAGGAAGAAAGGAAAAAAGAACAAGAUUUGGAGCAGGCAAUGGAGAUUCUACAGAGGGUCAUGGAAGGAAGGAAGAAAGAAUCAGAUUUGGAGCAGGCAAGAGAGAUUCUACAGAGGGUCAUGGAAGGAAGGAAGGAACCUUCCUCUGAGGAAGAAAGGAAAAAAGAAUCAGAUUUGGAGAAGGCAAGAGAGAUUCUAAAGAGGGUCAUGAAACGGGAGCUGUACCGCUGUGUGGGUCAAGCAAAGAAAAUUAAGAAGGAUUUGGAAGAUAAACUGCGUAAAUGCUCUCCUGAUGACAAGUUUGAAGUUAUUGAGGUCACUUUGGACUAUGGGAUGGAAAAUGUUGACCCCAUCAGUAAAGCAUAUUUCUAUCGCAAGGAUAACCCUGAUAAAGGAGAACCAAUCCCCAAAUCAGAUUGUCCUCCCAGACUGGUUUUCUGA